GAAUGGGGAGUACAAAGAGGCGCGGGGCCGGGGCGGGCCGCUGCCGCCGCCGUCCCUGGCAGAGGCGAACGCGGUCCGCUGCUACUGCCCGUAGUCCCGCGCCGGCGCCUCUCUGUCCCUCUGACAGCGCGGCGGAGGGAGCGCCGAGCCCCCGCCUUUUUUUUCUUUUUUCCUCCUCUCUCUUUUCCCUUUAGAUUCGCUCGUUUUUCCCCGUUCUCGGUGCCCGUGGAAGAGGCGCUCCCGCCGCCCGAAGGCACCGCGGCGUAGCGGCGGCGGCCGCCGUGUGCAUGAGCAGCGCGGCUGCCGCCGGCUCUGCCUUGCCGCCGGGGCUCCGCCGCUGGGAGGCGAGGCAGGGGCGCCGCCGCCGCCGCCGUAGCCCGGCCCGCCCCGGACAGCCCCCCCGCCGCACCCAGCGCCCCCACGGCAGGGGAUGCUCCCGCCGCUGGCUGCCGCCGCGGCCCGACGAACCUAAGCCUCCGUGCCCUCCCCGCGACCGGCCCGCGGCGAAGCCGCCCGGCCCCGGGUGGCGGGCCGGCACACCGCGCUGCGAUGCGGCUCCCCCGCGGCGCCCGGAGCCCCCGCGGCCGCUGCCGCCGCUCGGCUGAGGGCGAGCUUCCCUGAGGCGGGGGGGCGCGUCCCGGCCCCGGCGGUGCCGAGCUCGCUCGGCGGUGUCGAAGCACACGGGGCCGGCGAUGGCGCCCGCCGCCGCGCUGCCCUGAGGGCCCCGCCGGGGAGACCCCGGCUCCGGGGGACGCCCGGCCGCACCGGAGGCUUUGGGGGGCGUUUGCGGGUUUUGCCUUUUUUUUUUUUUUUUCUUCCCCCUCUCUUUUUUUUUCUCUUCCCCUGCUCACUUUUGGGGUUUUCUACCAGCUGCUCGCCCCCGGUGGCGGGGGAGCCCUCGGAGUUGUCCCCUCGCCCGCUGCCCCUUGCCUCAGGGCAUGUCCCGCUCCAACAGCGUCAGCCCCCCGGGCUUCGGCGGCCCCGCGCCCUGGGCAGGCACCGAGCAGCACCGCUCGGCCUGGGGUGAAGCAGAGGCCCGGGCCAAUGGCUACUCCUACCCACCGCCUCCCAACAGGUCCUCCAGCAAGAAGGCCUCCCGCAUGUCGAGCAGGUGGAGGAAUGAGGAAGACUACGAACCCCAGGCGAGCAGGAGUCGUGGGGAGAGCGGCUGCAGGAUGAUGAGCUUUAGGUCCAAAUCUGCCUGGCAGGAGCACAGUGACGACAGCCAACGUCACCGGUCCCGCCACCCGCCCAGCGGUGAUUCCCCCGCUGCCCCCAACAAUGCCAGCCCCGGGCAGCUGGGGGAGCAGGGGGAGGUACGGCCCCGGUCCGUGGAGCUGGGGCUGGAGGAGAGACGCAUCAAGGCCAAGAUUGAGGAGCUGGAGGAGGAGGACGGGGACGAGGGGGACUCCGAGGUAGCCUUCUCCAUGGGCAGCUGUUGCAGCAGCUUGCUGCAAAUCUUCAGGUCCAAGAAGUUCCAGUCAGAGAAACUGGAGCGCCUCUAUCAGCGCUACUUUUUCCGGCUCAACCAGAGCAGCCUCACCAUGCUCAUGGCUGUGCUGGUGCUGGUCUGCAUGGUGAUGCUGAUCUUCCAUGCCGCGCAUGGCCACUAUGAGGUAUCCUACAUCGUGGUGCUCUCCCUGGCCAUCCUGCUGAUGGUGGUGCUGUGCAUAGUGUGCAACCGCAACAACUUCCACCAGGACCAUAUGUGGUUGGCAUGCUACUCUGUCAUCCUGGUGAUCCUGGCAGUGCAAGUGGUAGGGGUUCUGCUGGUGUGGCCCAGGAGCGCUUCGGAGGGCAUCUGGUGGACCGUCUUCUUUAUCUACAGCAUCUACACGCUGCUGCCGGUGCGGAUGCGGGCUGCGGUCAUCAGCGGGGUAGUGCUCUCUGCCAUCCACCUGGCUGUCUCCCUCAAGAUCAAUGCAGAGGAUAAGUUCCUCCUGAAGCAGCUGGUCUCCAAUGUUCUCAUCUUCUCCUGUACAAACAUUGUAGGCGUGUGUACCCACUACCCAGCAGAGGUGUCCCAAAGACAGGCUUUCCAGGAGACCAGGGAAUGCAUACAAGCCAGGCUGCAUUCUCAAAGGGAAAACCAGCAGCAGGAGCGUCUCCUGCUCUCUGUACUUCCUCGACAUGUUGCCAUGGAGAUGAAAGCUGAUAUUAAUGCCAAACAGGAAGAUAUGAUGUUUCAUAAGAUCUACAUCCAGAAGCAUGACAAUGUCAGCAUCCUCUUUGCAGACAUAGAGGGUUUCACAAGUCUGGCCUCCCAGUGCACUGCUCAGGAGCUGGUCAUGACGCUGAACGAGCUCUUUGCCAGAUUUGAUAAGCUAGCAGCCGAGAACCACUGUUUACGUAUCAAGAUCCUGGGUGAUUGCUAUUACUGCGUCUCUGGGUUGCCAGAAGCAAGAGCUGACCAUGCACACUGCUGUGUUGAAAUGGGAAUGGAUAUGAUAGAGGCCAUCUCACUAGUCCGGGAGGUGACGGGCGUAAAUGUCAACAUGAGGGUUGGAAUCCACAGCGGGAGAGUUCACUGCGGGGUCUUGGGCCUUAGGAAGUGGCAGUUUGAUGUGUGGUCCAACGACGUUACCUUAGCCAACCAUAUGGAAGCAGGGGGCAAAGCUGGGCGCAUCCACAUAACAAAAGCAACCCUGAACUAUCUCAAUGGAGACUAUGAGGUGGAGCUGGGCUUUGGAGGGGAACGCAAUGCUUAUCUGAAAGAGCACAGUAUUGAGACCUUCUUGAUUGUACGGUGCAGCCAGAAACGGAAAGAUGAGAAAGCCACAAUAGCCAAGAUGAACCGUCAGCGCGCUAAUUCCAUCAGCCAUAACCCACCACACUGGGGUGUUGACCGGCCCUUUUAUAACCACCUUGGAGCUCACCAGGUCUCAAAGGAGAUGAAGAGAAUGGGUUUUGAGGACCCCAAGGACAAGAAUACACAGGAAAGUAUGAACCCAGAAGAUGAAGUGGAUGAGUUUCUGGGCCGUGCCAUUGAUGCCAGAAGUAUUGAUCGGUUACGCUCUGAGCAUGUGCGCAAGUUCCUCUUAACAUUCAGGGAGCCUGACUUGGAGAAGAAGUACUCCAAGCAGGUGGAUGACAGGUUUGGAGCCUACGUGGCUUGUGCCUCCCUAGUCUUCCUCUUCAUCUGCUUUGUUCAAAUCAUAAUCGUGCCACACUCUACAUUUAUGCUGGGUUUUUACCUGACCUGUUUCCUGAUCCUGACCACAGUGGUGUUUGUUUCGGUCAUUUACUCCUGUGUAAAGCUUUUCCCAGUUCCACUCCAGACUCUUUCCAGGAAGAUUGUGCAGUCCAGGACCAAUAGUACCUUAGUUGGAGUCUUUGCCAUUAUCCUGGUUUUUCUCUCUGCCUUUGUCAACAUGUUCAUGUGCAGCACUGUGGAUCUUGCCAGCUGCAUGGCUGCAGAAUACAACAUCACUCCUGACCGGGUGGACAUAUGCCUUAUCAGCAACCUGACUUCCAACUACAGCCUGGGUACCUUGCAGGGAUUCUGUGAAAGUCCUUUGCCCAACUGCAACUUUCCAGAGUACUUUACCUACAGUGUCUUAUUGAGUCUUCUGGCCUGCUCUGUGUUCCUUCAGAUCAGCUGUAUUGGAAAACUGAUCCUUAUGUUAAUCAUUGAAUUUAUAUAUGUUCUCAUUGUGGAAGUGCCAGGGGUCAACCUUUUUGACAAUGCAGAUCUCCUGGUUACAGCUAACAUCUACAUGUCUGCGAAUUCAACGUUAUCGUGCUCUUCAGCGAUGACACGAGUCGCACUGAAGAUUGUGACCCCUGUCAUCAUUACCGUCUUUGUCCUGGCGCUGUACUUGCAUGCCCAGCAAGUGGAAUCCACUGCAAGGCUUGAUUUCCUCUGGAAACUCCAGGCCACUGAAGAGAAAGAAGAAAUGGAGGAGCUGCAGGCCUAUAACAGACGGCUCCUCCACAACAUUUUGCCAAAGGAUGUGGCAGCCCAUUUCUUGGCUCAGGAGCGGCGCAAUGAUGAACUGUACUACCAGUCCUGUGAGUGCGUGGCUGUCAUGUUUGCCUCCAUAAGCAACUUCUCAGAGUUUUAUGUGGAGCUGGAGGCCAACAAUGAAGGGGUGGAGUGCCUGAGACUGCUCAACGAGAUCAUUGCUGAUUUUGAUGAAAUAAUAAGUGAAGACCAAUUUCGGCAGCUGGAGAAGAUCAAGACCAUUGGCAGCACAUAUAUGGCUGCAUCAGGCCUCAACGAUUCCACUUACGACAAGGAAGGGAAGACGCAUAUCAAAGCUCUGGCUGAUUUUGCCAUGAGAUUAAUGGACCAAAUGAAAUACAUUAAUGAACAUUCAUUCAACAACUUCCAGAUGAAGAUAGGCCUCAAUAUUGGUCCUGUCGUAGCUGGAGUGAUAGGAGCACGCAAACCCCAGUACGACAUAUGGGGCAACACGGUGAAUGUAGCCAGCCGAAUGGACAGUACAGGUGUGCCUGACAGGAUUCAGGUAACCACAGACAUGUACCAGGUUUUAGCAGCCAACAACUAUCAGCUGGAAUAUCGAGGGGUCAUUAAGGUCAAAGGCAAAGGAGAAAUGACAACCUACUUUCUAAAUGAAGGGCCUCCAAUUAGUUAGCACCGACUGCAGCGUCACUUGAAGAUGGCAUUUGCAUUACACAAGAUUGUGAAUCAGAGAAGAAUCACUUUUUUGGCAGCAAAGCUGAAAGGCGGCGCAGUUGAAAUUUCACACCGUGACUCUAGAGCUGGUAUCAGCAAGCUCUUUGGCCACCCAUCACAAAAGGCAAGCGAAAGAAACCACCAUGGAGUUGUUCCUGGCUGAGUGCUAAGUCGACCAAAGAUGUGUACUACAGAGUUCACAGAUAAAAGACAUGAAUUCGGAGUUUUUAAAAAAGGCUGCUACUACAGGAUGCUAUAAGAAGCUAUUUAAGUAUUUAUUGACGCAACACAACAUUUAUUCGGUUGAAGGAAUGUAUGAUUCACUACAAAGCAUUAUUUUGGAAUGGAUUUGCACUCCCAUAAUGUUUCCAUCCCAUACUGCCAGCUAUUUGAAGUGUACCACUGUGCUUUUAUUAGCUGUUUUGAAUGGGCUUUCAAAAUUGACACCCACUGUUGCAGCACACAAAAAGGCCUUUUAGAAGGGCAUCAGUAAUGUUUUAGUGUGAAAAGACAUCAUAGCCCUGGCCCCCUCUUUUCCCUUCUUCUACACAGCUAAAUGACUGCUCUUCUGAGUGGGGCUGGCACAGCCGAUGAAGGGGAAGACCGAGAUAAAGAAAGAUGGCUCUACAACCAUAUUUAUUAAAAAGUCUUCUGUGCUCUUCUUUGGUAUAUAUCAGUUUACAUGGGAAAGACUAGAUGUAAACAAGAGACACUUUGUGGGGAGAACUCCCCUGAAAUUUGUCGUGGUUUUUUUUGUAUUUUUUAUUUUGUAAUAUUGAAAACAUGGAGAUCUAACAGAUAUACCAAAUUCUAUAUUUUGUAAAUUAUAUAUAAAUUAGAAGGCAGGCUGUCCACACCAAGGUGUGGUGGGAGGUGUAUAUAACCUGUAGACUUUUGUGUAGGUUUUUUUUUUUUUUUUUUUGUGCAUAAUACUCUGAACACAGACUUGGCAGUUUUCAGAUUAUCACUAUACAAUCAACCAACAACAAACAGGUGAGUUUCCAGGCUGAAUCAGAUGCAUUUUAAAAUGAAAAUCCAGAAAAAUCUACAACCCCAAAGAAGAGGAAAAUACAAAAUGCAGUAGUCACACAGUUGUUCCAUGCAGCAUUCAAGCAGAGGGUGGCAUCUUAACAAAUGGAAACACAGGACCUCUGAGUUUUAGCUACUGAGACGGUAUGUCAAACGUGAAAAAGAGCUCUAAGCAAAUCUUCUAACUAACGCUAACAGGAGCUCUUAUAAGAAGAGAAAAAAGGCAAAAAAGCUCAUUUGAACUUUUUUUUAAAAAUAUUUUUUUUUAUAGGAGGUCUUAAUAGAAUCCUGCCAAUAUGAGAGUUGUCUGAUAUUUUAACUGCCAUUUGCCAUUACAAGGAACUACGUACUGCAGCAUCAAGUUGACUUUCUUGUAGUAGGCACUUAUUUAAACUGAGUCACUGAUUUUCAAUUUUCAGGAAUUAGGUGAUCUUCAAAGAAGGUUAUGAUGGCAAGUGUGUGUAUAUGAGGUGGUCGACCUUAAAAUACAGUGCCAUUGAUACUGUGUUGGACAUCUUUAUCACUAGUGGGGGGGUUUAUGAAUAGUUCAGUGUUAUCAUUUAUGUACCUUUUUUAACUAUUAAAGAAAGAAAUCCCGUGAUAUUUUAUUAAAAAAAAGAAAAUUUUUAAAAAAGCUAUAUUUUUUAUAUUCUAUGAGGGGAGAGUUUUGUUAUUGAAUUUGGCUAGCACUAAAAAUGACUCCAAUCUUUUGACAUGUAAUAAAGUUCUUUUCCACUCUUCUCAGGGCAGAAUUAUUGUAGUACUAACAGCUUAAUGAUUGCACUAUGGUGGUGGUGAUUUAUUUUUUCCUACUCGACAACAAGAAUAAGUGAAAAUCCAUGGGCCUGUCUUAAUUAAUUUGCCAUAUUGCUAAGCAUAACCCAAGCAUUAAGCCAUUUAAACGCCAGCUUAAAUGGCAUCGCCCCUUUCCUUCUCCCUUCCACUAGGAAACAUCUCCAAAAAGUAUAGUAUAUUGACUUCUGUAAAACUGCCAAGUCUGCCCUUGUACUAUACUUUUGCUCCUUUACAUCUUUCCUGGUUUGCAAAAUACUUAAGUUGCAUCAUGCUGUUAUGCCUUUCUUCCCCUCCUCCACCUUCCAUCCCUUUUACGCCUCACUGAGUUUCAUUACCUUCACGCCAUACACUCGGUUUUUAGGUUUGCUUUCUGCUUUACAAAAGUCUGCGGUCGUCUUAACUUUUGAUUCAUCUUAUGAAGUUGUGUUGUCAAUGAAAUUUCAAGUCCCCAGUAUCUCUAGCUGUGAUUGUUGACAGUGUGUCAUGAUCAUUUCAAGGGGUAUUCACACACUCUUUACUCUGGAUCUUGCAAAAAUGGAUACAGUUAUGAUUUCCCAUGGAAAUUUAAAUCUAUUUAAGUAAUUUAACUAUAUUAAACACUGUUUCACUGGUAAA